AUGCGGCGCGGUGCGGUGCGGGCGGGGGGCGCCGUGCGACUGGCGCGCGCGCCGCUGUCCCACGGUCGCGCACACCCCGCUCACCCCGCGUGCCCACCCGCCCCGCACCCCAGACACUUUCUUUCGCGCCAUAAAGGUCGUUUCAAAUUUUUCGGAAUGCCGUUUGGUGACAUUUCACCCACGGGCGGAGGGAAUGCAGCCUCAGGCCGAGGCGUUCGCUGCACAUCGCCUUCGCUCCGCACUUAG